CUGGGUAUUGCAGAGGUGAAACUCUUUCUGGCACUUCCAUGAACUGGCAAAUAUAGAAUGACUUCUCCAGCAACUCAAUUUGCCCCCUCGAGACAGAUGGGUAUAUAUGAUUCACUACACCAGAUAAGCAUGUGGGAGGACGCAUUCAAAGGUGAUAUUAGCCCAAACACAGAUGUUUCUGUAAUUUCACAAGUGGAUGCAAUGCUAAAAAACAAGUCAGAAUACGCUUCUCCAGAAUUGAUGGAAUCUACGGGAAUUAAUCAAGCAACAAAAAGUACUUCAGAUAAGGUACAAAGACGUCUUGCACAAAAUCGUGAAGCUGCCCGCAAAAGUCGUUUGCGGAAAAAGGCCUAUGUUCAGCAAUUAGAAACAAGCCGUUUGAAGUUGGCACAAUUGGAACAGGAACUUGAGAGAACUAAACAGCAGGGUGUCUACAUUGGUGGUGCAUUAGGUACCGGUAAUUCAGGAUUUCCAGGAACUAUAAAUCCAGGCAUUGCUGCAUUUGAGAUGGAAUAUGGACACUGGAUUGAAGAGCAACAGAAGAAGAGCUGUGAACUUAGAAAUGUGUUGCAGGGUCAUAUAAGUGAUAUAGAGCUCCGUAUGCUAGUGGAGGGUGGCUUAAACCACUAUAAUGAUCUCUUCCGCAUGAAAGCACAUGCUGCAAAGGCCGAUGUCUUCUAUCUGAUGUCUGGUGUGUGGAGAACAUCAGUGGAGCGCUUUCUCCUCUGGAUUGGAGGAUUGCGCCCAUCAGAGAUUCUAAACAUUCUUGUGCCACAACUUGAGCACUUGUCUGAUCAACAAAUUAUGCAUGUCCGCACCCUGCGAGACUCAUGUCAACAAGCUGAGGAUGCUCUCUCGCAAGGAAUGGAUAAACUCCAGCAGACUCUAGCCCAGAGCAUUGCAACUAAUAUUGUAGGUGCAGUAAAUUACGGUUCUCAGAUGGCUUCAGUAAUGGAGAAUCUGGAAGCACUGGAGGGCUUUGUGAACCAGGCAGAUCACCUUCGCCGGCAAACUCUGCAGCAAAUGUCUCGCAUCUUAACAACUCAUCAAGCAGCCCGAGGCCUGGUUGCACUGGGAGACUACUUCCAACGUCUUCGUGCUCUCAGUUCACUUUGGGCUGCUCGUCCUUGUGAUCCUGCUUAGUAUACUUUGGUCCAUAAACCAUCAUAUCUAGGUCAUCAUACGUGCCAUCAAUCAUGCCUGAGCUGCAAAGGGAAUAUGUAAUUUUAGCUUUUGCUUUUAUGGAGUACAAUUAACUGCUUUUAUUUUUUCCAGUGUAUAUAUA